AUGGACGCCAUUGGGAUGGCUCGCUGUCGCAGUAGCAUCGAUCUUUCUGACGCGACAUCUCCGUUGUUCGACCAGACUUGGGACCCUAACCUGCACAAAACCCGCUUCGCUUUCGACAACGCCAGACAGCGCCUUCAUACUCGCACGCUCCUCACACCCGUUGGCUCGUCAAUCGAAAACUUCCCGUCGACGAAACGGGUCGUAGAAGCGCUGUUGAAUGUUUCAAUACACCUCGAAAUUGCCUACGACGCGGGAAUCAUCCACCGGGACGUUAGCGUUGGCAACAUUCUUUUCGUCGAAGACACGUCCACCAAAUCAUCCGUUGCCGGCUUUCUGGUGGACUGGGACUAUGCAGAGCUGACCCAAGACGGCAUCAAGCGAUUUAACGAAGUGUUCGUUACGCCUGGCUCAAACCGCCUCAAAGCCAGUUGGGAGGAGAUAAAAGAAACCCUAAAGGAGAUGACGGGAACGUUUGCGUUCAUGGCCAUCGCGAUCCUGGAGGAGCGUGGCGAGCGACACGACACUGUUCAUGAUCUCGAAUCCGUCUACUGGGUUUUGAUUUGGCUCAUCUUACGUCAUACCAAACACAGUCAUCCCCACGGAGCCAAUGCUUGUCAUAACCUCUAUGACGCGCCGGAGUCAAGCGGCAAGUUGCAGUGGCUGAACUCGGGCCCUUCAACAGCUCCACUGCCAGACAAAGAAACGCCCCUCCACAAGCUCCUCCUCGAAAUGGCCCGGAUGGUCUACCUUGGCGCUGUCAGGUUUGAGGACCUCAGGCAGUCUAUAUUGCAUGAAAAAUGGUGCGCCAUGCUGCGGGAUGCUCUGGGAAAGAGCGGGUGGCCUGUCGAUGACGCCGCCAUUCCAUACCAACUCGUUUCUGCCAACCAGCCUCAUCUGAAUGGAGAAUCGGCCCGGCAGUCCCAAGCCCGCGAGCGCAAAUCGCUUCAGCAGCAACAACUUGAAGCUCCUGUUACCGGCCCCUUGAAGCGCGGUUCGGACAAGAUCACGGGCAAUAACGAAUCGCAGGCCCGUAAAAAGCGUCGGACGACCCCGGAUCCACCUUCUUCUCGUCCGGCAACCUUCGAGGGUAGUCCUUAA